GCUCACGCGCUCGCAGCCGCAGUCGAUUCGACCCCGACCGGGCGCGGAAAUAAGCGCUGCCUCCCGCUCCCAACAAACCCUCCCAAUUCCCAGUUCCCCUUCGCCGCCGCCGUACACCGGAGGUGGAGCUUGCCGUGUGGGUCACUCCGUGUCCACCUCCUUGAAGCGUGCAAGUGCCCCCCAGGAGUCCGACCUCCAUAGGAAGGGAAGGAGGCUCCCUACGCCAUCCCCGUCCCCGGCGACGGCGAGCAUAACGCCACCGGUCCGUGCCUCUCUCAGCCGAACCCUCCUCCGACCGGUCACGGUUCCCCUCUCGGUCCGGUGGGGGCAGAGAUCUUCCAGGAAUAUUAGUGAUGUGUCUUCAACAUUCAAGGGCUCGAUUGUCUCCAGAUGAGCAACUGGCUGCAGAAAAAAGUUUUGCCUUGUAUUGCAAGCCAGUUGAGUUGUACAAUAUCAUCCAGCGGCGAGCUGUAAAAAAUCCCCUUUUUAUUCAAAGAUCCCUUCUAUACAAGAUACAGGCAAGGAGAAAAAAGAGGAUUCAGCUAACCAUAUCACUUUCUGGAAGUACAAAUACCCAAGCACAGAAUAUCUUUCCUCUUUAUGUACUUUUAGCUAGACCUACUAGUAAUAUUACGCUUGAAGGGCAUUCUCCAAUAUAUCGAUUCAGCCGGGUUUGUUUGCUUACUUCUUUUAGCGAAUUUGGAAAUAAAGACAAAACUGAAGCCACUUUCAUAAUUCCUGAUCUGAAGACUUUGUCAACCUCCCGCGCAUGCAACCUUAACAUUAUCUUCAUUAGCUGUGGGCAAGUAGGACAAAUUAUUGGUGAAGAUAAAUGCUCUGGGAACGAAGUGGAAGGCUCUUCCCUCCAAAAGCUUGAAGGAAAAUGUUCUUGGGGUAAAAUAGCAACUAAUUUACUUGCUUCCUCUUUGGAGAAAUGUGUGACUUUAAGUGUGGGAGAAACUGCAGAUUUGAUUUCUACAGUUAAAAUGAGCCCAAGCUUCUUAGAGCCAAAAUUUCUGGAACAAGACAAUUGCUUGACAUUUUGCUCCCAUAAGGUUGAUGAUACGGGUUCAUACCAAUUAAAAGUACACAUGUCUGCAGAAGAGGCUGGUGCUAGAGACUUGUCUCUGUCUCCUUACAGUAAUUACUCAUAUAAUGAUGUCCCACCUUCGAUGUUACCAGAAAUCAUAAGGUUGAGAGCUGGCAAUGUGCUUUUUAAUUACAAGUACUACAAUAAUACUAUGCAAAAAACUGAAGUUACUGAAGAUUUUUCUUGCCCAUUUUGCUUGGUACCGUGUGGAAGCUUCAAGGGCCUCGGAUGUCACUUAAAUUCGUCACAUGAUCUAUUCCACUUCGAGUUUUGGAUAUCUGAAGAGUGCCAGGCUGUUAAUGUUAGUUUGAAGGCUGAUGCCUGGAAAACUGAGCUUCUGGCAGAGGGAGUUGAUCCAAGGCACCAAACAUUUUCCUACCGGUCGAGAUUCAAGAAGCGUAGACGGUUGGAAACGACUGCUGAGAAAUUCAGGCAUGUACAUUCACAUAUUAUGGAAUCAGGAUCACAUGAAGAUGCUCAGGCAUUGUCUGAAGAUGAUUAUGUGCAAAGGGAGAACGGGUUUUCUGUAGCAGAUGCUCCAGUUGACCCUAGCCACACUGUACCUGGUAGCAAUCUUCCACCACCAACAGUGCUACAGUUUGGGAAGUCAAGGAAGCUAUCUGUUGAGAGAUCUGACCCCAGAAAUAAACAACUCCUGCAAAAACGUCAGUUUUUCCAUUCGCACAGGGCACAGCCAAUGGCAUUGGAACAAGUCUUCUCGGAUCAUGAUAGUGAAGACGAAGUUGAUGAUGAUAUUGCCGACUUUGAGGAUAGAAGGAUGCUUGACGAUUUUGUUGAUGUUACGAAAGACGAGAAGCUUAUUAUGCAUAUGUGGAAUUCAUUUGUUCGAAAACAAAGGGUGCUAGCUGAUGGUCAUAUACCUUGGGCUUGUGAGGCCUUCACCAGGUCCCAUGGCCAACAACUUGUGCAAAACCCUGCCCUGCUGUGGGGCUGGCGUUUUUUCAUGAUUAAACUCUGGAACCACAGCCUUCUUGAUGCCCGCACCAUGAAUACGUGUAACAUAAUUCUCCAAAGCUACCAAGACUGAAGUUCUGACCCCAAGUAAAUUCCAUGCAAAGAAACUGCUAGUCAACUUGUGUAAAAUGGCAUCAGUUGUAGGUCUGGUAAUUGAAGAAGUUUUCUGAACAAGAAAGAAAGAAAAAACCUUUUGUGGAAUAACUUGGAAGGUACCAUAGCGGCAUGUAUUUGGAGGGAAGGUUUGAGAGCAGCUCCCCUCCUGGGAAGAAAUCAGGGGAAGGUUUAAGAACAGCUCCCCUCCUGGGAAGAAAUCAAGGGAUUAGGCUGCAUCCGUGGCCGAGACAAUCAUUGUUUCAUUCAUGACUGAUCGAUUGUAUUUAUUGAUACUGGAUGUUGUUUACUGGUGGAGUGUGGUAUGGAUGAUGAAUAAUUUGUCAUUCACUGUAGUGUUUCUUAUUUCCUGUAUACAAUUGAGCGUCGUUGAACAUCUAUUGCGUCUGCGCGCGCUAGAUAUACGCUGUUUGUACUGUUUGGUGAAGAUUUGUGUACUUCUGUC